ACUGAUGAUGAAUAUCGAAAAGAAAUUUGUUGUAACCUUUAAACAACCCCUAAUAAUUACUUCUAAUAGUCACAUGUUGCCAUUAAUUAAAUCUCUUUUCAUUAUCAUUCAUUAAUAACUAAUGAUCUCAUUAUUAAAAAAAACUGCUAUUCUAGAUAAAAUAAUAAUAUUUUGAUAAGUUUUUCGUGGUUAUCUAAAUAUAAAAUGUACUAUUCAGUGGUAAAUUUAUUCAGAUAGUCACCAUGGCUUUUGUUGAAUUGUUGUUUUUCGCUUUUUUAUCUACAGCUUCGGCAAGUGAAAAUGUUAAAUCAGCGAAUGUCGGUAUCAUCGGUGGGCACACUAUCACCAUAGAACAAGUUCCGUUUAUGAUCUCGCUACGUUUGAACGGUACUUACCACUGGUGCGGAGGUUCUAUUAUACACGAGAGAUUCAUUUUAACCGCCGCACAUUGUAUUAUAGCGAACCGGGAAUUCAAAGUUGCAGUUGGAACAGAUCAGAUUGACAACGGCGGACAGGUGUAUGACAUUGAGAAAAUCAUACCCCAUGAACAAUACUCAUCAAAGACUCAAGAUAACGACAUUUGCUUAAUAAAAUUAACUAAACCCAUAGUGUUUGGGCCAACAGUAGCCAAAAUAGAAUUGGCCGAUGAAACUCUUAAAUUGAGAAAGAAAAAUAUACUUGCUAUCACGGGGUGGGGAAACACGACGCCUACUGGUCAUGUCGCAAAGCAUCUGCUCCAAGUGGAUAUCCCUGUAGUAUCAAGACCAGUAUGCCAACGAAUAUAUUUUGGUCUACGGAGACAACUGACUCCAAGAAUGAUCUGCGCAGGAGGAAAUGGAAAGGAUUCAUGCCAGGUAUAUUUUAAAAUUUACAUUAACUUAAGUAAUAUUAUUUCUUUCUGAACAAAUGGGAAUUGGACUCGCGCAUGAGAUUUCCAUGCAAAUAUCGUAUAAAAAUAUAGUAGUGUAUUGAAAUUACAUUAU